CCCCCAGGGGUCUCUCCUCUCACCCCCUCCGCCUGCCAGCCAUCCGGUCCCCACCCUGGUGACAUCCUCCUCUCACUCCGAGUGGGAUGGAGUAGGGAAUCUGGGGAGGGGGCUGGCUGAGAGUGGUCAGGGCAGCUCCAGCCCUUUGUGGCCCCUCCCCUCCCAUGGGGCCAUCCAGUCCCUUCCUUAGGGCUGCUCUUCCUAUGGCCUCUGACCCCCUCCUUCUUAGGCUGCAUUGCGGGCGCACCCAGUGCCCAUUAAGUCCCUUUCCCAAACCUCCAAGGAGAAGGGGCGUGGGAGGAGGAGAAGAACAGGGAACUGGAAAGGGUGGUGAGAAAUAAAGACACCAGACAGAGGGAUACACACACACACACAGAGGCCAACAGACAGAAACUGAGAGCCUGAAACAGAGACAGAGAGAAACAGAGACCAAGAGACAGAAAGAAAUAAAGACGGACAGAGAGUGGGAAAGAGACUAACUCACUGAGUCAGAAAUACAAAAAGAGAGAGAGACAGAAAAGGAAAGAGAAAUAGACAGAAAAUUAGACACCAAAGCAAUACAGGAAGAAAGACAGGCUGAGAGAGACUGAGAAAGGAGAGACAAGGCGGGACAGAGUGUGCCAGCUGGCGGAAUGGAGGGUCGCCUGGCACGCCAGAGGUAGUGGCCCCAGCCCGCUGAGCCGGGUAGGCAGAGAGAAGCCGGAGCCUCAGCAGGGGUGAGGGGGCAUGGGAGGGGCGGGCGUGCUGCUGCUGCUGCUGCUGGCUGGAGCUGGCGUGGGGGUGGCCUGGAGACCACCAAAGGGAAAGUGUCCUCUGAGCUGCUCCUGCUCCAAGGAUAGUGCCCUGUGUGAGGGCUCUCCGGACCUGCCCGAGAACUUCUCCCCAACCCUGCUGUCACUCUCAUUCGUUAGGACUGGAGUCACCCAACUGAAGGCCGGCAGCUUCCUGAGGGUGCCCACGCUGCACCUGCUCCUCUUCACAUCCAACUCCUUCUCCGUGAUUGAGGACGAUGCAUUUGCGGGUCUGUCCCACCUGCAGUACCUCUUCAUUGAGGACAAUAAGAUUGGCUCCAUCUCUAAGAACGCUCUCAGAGGACUCCGCUCACUCACACACCUGAGCCUGGCCAAUAAUAACCUCGAGACCCUCCCCAGAUUUCUCUUCCGAGGCCUGGAGACCCUAACUCACGUGGACCUCCGCGGGAACCCGUUCCAGUGUGACUGCCGUGUCCUCUGGCUGCUGCAGUGGACGCCCACCGUGAAUGCCAGCGUGGGGACGGGGGCCUGCGCCGGCCCCCCUGCUCUGGCCCACAUGCAGCUGCGCCACCUCGACCCCAAGACGUUCAAGUGCAGAGCCAUAGAGCUGUCCUGGUUCCAGACGGUUGGGGAGUCAGCACUGGGCGUGGAGUCUUUCUCCUACCAGGGGGAGCCCCACAUCGUCCUGGCGCAGCCCUUUGCGGGCCGCUGCCUGAUCCUCACCUGGGACUACAGCCUACAGCGCUUCCGGCCUGAAGAAGAGCUGUCCGCGCCCUCGGUGGUGUCCUGCAAGCCACUGGUGCUGGGCCUGCGCCUCUUCGUGCUGGCCGCCCGCCUGUGGGGGGGCUCGCAGCUGUGGGCUCGGCCCAGCCCUGGCCUGCGCCUCGCCCCCACGCAGGCCCUGGCCCCGCGGCGCCUGCUGCGGCCCAACGACGCUGAGCUCCUGUGGCUGGACGGGCAGCCCUGCUUCGUGGUGGCUGACGCCUCCAAGGCAGGCAGCACCACGCUGCUGUGCCAGGAUGGGCCCGGCUUCUACCCCCGCCAGAGCCUGCACGCCUGGCAUCGGGACACGGACGCCGAGGCCCUGGAGCUGGACGGCCGGCCCCAUCUGCUGCUGGCCUCCGCCUCCCAGCGGCCCGUGCUCUUCCAGUGGCUCGGCGGCCACUUCGAGAGGCGCACGGACAUCCCCGAGGCUGAGGACGUCUAUGCCACACGCCAUUUCCAGGCCGGGGGUGAUGUGUUCCUGUGCCUGACACGCUACAUCGGGGACUCCAUGGUCAUGCGCUGGGAUGGCUCCAUGUUCCGCCUCCUGCAGCAACUUCCCUCACGUGGUGCCCACGUCUUCCAGCCACUGCUCAUCGCCAGGGACCAGCUGGCCAUCCUGGGCAGCGACUUCGCUUUCAGCCAGGUCUUUCGCCUUGAGCCUGACAAGGGGCUCCUGGAACCUCUACAGGAGCUGGGGCCCCCAGCCUUGGUGGCCCCUCGUGCCUUUGCUCACAUCACCAUAGCCGGCAGACGCUUCCUCUUUGCCGCUUGCUUCAAAGGCCCCACACAGAUCUACCAGCAUCACGAGUUAGACCUCAGUGCCUGAGACCCCACAGGACCUUGGUCAUGGCCGGGAGGGCCUUAGGGGGCACUGACUGGCACAGAGAGUCCCAGGCCUCUGGAUACCCACUUGACGGGGAGCCUGGAAGGGCUUGUGAGAGCGGAUGGAGUUUUCUCCCCAAGACACCGGCCUCCUGGCCCUACUCGGGCUGAUGCUACCUGUGAGGUCCUGACCAGAGGCCAAAUUCAAGGCAAGAGCUGUCCUUCCAGUCUUUAAGCAACAUCUCAGCUGGAGGCUCAUGUCCCCACUAGAGAUGACUUGGUAGCUCAGGCUGGGGCGCUGCAAGGAGCCAGGAUACAAUAGUCAUGGUGGGGAUAAUGUGCAGAACUCCUUGCGGUCUGGAAGUGCGCCCCCUCAACCCACUCCCACCGUUUCUGCUCCCUGAGAAAGUACUGAGGAAGAGACAGCUUUCCUUUCCCUCUAAACUCAAUCCGGCCAAUCGCUUUGGUGCCCGCCUCCGUGACGUCAUCAGUCGCUGGGCCGGUUUCCCAGCCGGGCUUGCUAACUUCCUCUGCUGCUUGUGCGCAUGCCUGCUGCCCAGGCGGAAGACCAGCAUGUUGGCCCUCUUGCGCAUGCGCGGGAAAUAGGUGGGAAAGUGGGAAAUAGGUAGGAAAGCAGGAGCUGUUGUGGGGAGCCCAGCUGCACAUAUCCGAUGAGGGACAGGGGAGAGGAGAGAAAGUGUAUGAGCUCAAUAAACACGCUGUGCAGCUGCCCCGCUCGUUGUUGUGGGAUCUUUGGGAGAGAAUAACAAGGGGGAGGAAUGGUGUCCCAGAAGCAGUAUUGGGGUGGGGGUUGCCCCAGGGGUGCAUUUUGUCUGCCCUGGUGCGCUCACGCUUGCCCGAUGCGUGUGGGCUCGUGGGUUGUGGGGGAGAGGCUUAUGGGAUGUUUGAGAGAUAUAAGGGCAUUGGUAGGGGACAAGUCUCUGGUUUAUUCUGGGUUUCUUCUUCAGGACAUGACUCAGUGCAUCGUAGGAGAUAGUUUUGGGUGUUUUAGAGGGUUUUAGGCAUUUUAUAGAGUGGCCCUUCGUUGCAUUUUGGAGAUCUUACUGGGUACUGGGGAGUCUCAAGGGAGUUUGAGGCUCCUUGGAAGUUCUCACACUGCUAUAUAUUAUUAAGAGUGUCAUGAGGAAUUAUUUAAAGGUCUCAGAGGGACGCUUGGGUAUUAGGAAGGGUUUUCUAUGAUAGAGUGGGGUCUUGGGGGUGAGUGGGAGGGUCAUGGGGGUCUUACCAUUAAAAUCAUAAUGUAUCUGACUAAUCAUACUGUGGUAGUAAGAUCCACAUCCUUGUUUUCCCAGGAUGGUCUCAGUGUCCACUGGAAUAUCCCAGCAUUCCAUCUGGCUAGAGCCCUCGUUCAUUCCCCAAAGCAUCCGCCGUUUGGCUACCAGAAAAUUUUAAAUUGCCGUUGUGGUUCCCCUAGCCUUGGGGGUAGAGGGCGGGCCUCAAGCCAUCCAGCAGGCCUUGAACUUUUCCCAGCAAAGAGAUUUAGCUGCCAGCU